GGUAAGUCACGAAUCAACCCCAGUGGGAUUCAAACCCACAUCCUUGUGGAUAUCUUUAACCACUAAACCACAGCACCCAAGUGCUGCAGGCAGCAGAGUGGGGUGGAGGAGGGGGAUGGAGUGACGUCUCUCUGCUCUCUGAGGAUCUGCGUGUGUGUUUUUGCAUCGCGCUCCUGUUUUGCAUCUACAUCAGUUUUUCCGAGCGACUCCUGCUCAUCGCCUGUAAGUAACGACAGGAAAAGUGAAAGUGACUCCCGUAGUAUGAAGGUAAAAUACAGCUGCAUCUGAUCGUGACAGUGAGGUUCUCGCUCGCUGUUCGUCUACAGAGCCCUCGCGCGUUAGUUAUCGAUUCUUCCCGUAUCUCUUCAUCGAUUAUUGUGACCGGGAUCAUGUCAGAAGUGCUCCCUUACGAAGAGAGCAUCUCUCAUUAUGGCGACGAUGGAGAUGAAGAGCAGAUAUCCCUCACCUGUCGUCUGCAGAACAACAGCAGCAACUUCUUCAGUUCUGGGCAGAACAAACGAGCUCCGAAACUCGGACAGAUCGGACGCAGCAAGAGAGUUGUCAUAGAAGACGACAGAAUUGAUGAAGUCCUGAACAACACGGCAGAGAAGUCAUCGGCGGGAGUGUAACGCACAAGAACGUUGUUACAGCUGCAGGAAAUCGUGGGUUCUGUGCAUUCUGCAUCGAAAGCACUUUGCAGUCCCUCUUAGUAUGGGUUGAAUUACACGGUGCGGCAGCAGGCGAGGAGAACGUCCUGCUGCGGGCAUCCAAAUGGAGGAAGCGGGGGUCUGUCUGCUUUCUCUCUUUAAGGGCAUGUUUCAUAUCCCUUCUUAUAAAGUGACAUCCUACACUGGACAAACAAGUCCUAUGUUGUUUAAUACAUGUGGAGUUGGUCUGUAGUGGUCCAGAUUCAGUUUAUAUUGUGAGAGGAAUGCAUUGAUAUCACAAGCACAAAUCUGGCAACUUUCGUUCUUUAUUUUGCUGUGAGACUGAGCACUUGUUUUCUCCGUAUCUUUUUGUGCACAAUGAAAGUGUUUUUCACUUUAAAUAUCCUAAUUAUGAUCUCUUGGAUACAUUUUUUGUUCUUUUGCAGGGACGACAGACUGAGCAAAUGUUUUUUAUAGGAUGAGAGAGGAAAGACUACUUUUUUAAAAAUCCAUUUUUUUCAUGUUGCAUAUUGUAAUUUUUUGAUGUGGCUGCAAACUGCCUGCUUAGCCUGAGUUCAAAAGCUUAUUUUUAUAUCAAAGAGCUAUUUCUGAGAAAGAAAAAAAAAAUGCUUAUUCGAGUUAUAGUCGUAGCACUUUCAAACGUGGUUGUCACAGCUUUCAGCUAAAUGGAUUUUGAUCACUUCUGUGCCAAAAUUUUGCAAAAUAUGCCAGUCGACUUGUGUUUCCGUUCACCCGAGUAAUGUGAAGUUUUCCAGGCCUGCCUCUCAUAUAUAUUUCAGGGCUUUCUUAACUGCUUUUUUUUUUGCAUGAGACAGGCACAGACGCCUCCUUCUGUGGCAGUGAAUUACUAAUAUAUUUACAGUAAUGUUGCUCUGAAUGACAAACCUCAGACUCUUGAAUAUUGUGUAUGUUGCACUUACUGUUAAACAGGGCUAUAUUUGCAAUGAAAUGUAUCACCAAUAAAAUGUGAUUAUAUAA